AUGGAUGUCGUCAAUCGGAAAGCUCACCCUGAUUGCAAAUAUGCUGCAAACCCCUUCCAUGAAUGUGGCUCAGAUUGUUUAGAGAAGAUUGCUCAAGGCCGUGGCAAGAAGCAUUCAAAAAAGCAAGCUUCAAAGAAUUUUAGCCUCCCGGGGAGUUUCGGUAAGAAGAAGACGGAGUCACUGCCACCGUCGUCACCACUAAACACGAGGCAAUAUCAGAACGGUGCCGCCAAUUCGCCAAGGGUUCAUCAACAACCAAGACCUUCACCAGUGGAUGUCAAGAAGAAGACAGUGGUUCAAGAAACAGUCAAAUCUUUCCCAUCUUCAUCAUCUGAUGAAAUUUCCAUCAACCUCAAUGGUCAGCAUGAUUCUUCUUUCAAUUAUAAGCCAGAGAAGCACUCUCAAAUGGUUCCUCUGUCCCCAAACCACAUGGCUGAUCGUAGCAAAACCGUAUCACCAAGACCUAGAGAGUUUGAACACAAUGGCAAGAAUGAGACAGCAGCCAGUGAGAUUAGUGUCGUCAAUGUUGCAAGUCCUCCAAGAUCAUAUGUCAAUGAUGAUGAUGAGGAUGAUGAUGAGAACGGAGUAGAGCUUGACCUUCAAUCGGUAAUGUCGGAGUCGUGUGUUUCGGUUGGUAAAUACCGUGUGAACUCGUGUGUCUCCACAAUCCUACGGUCAGUCAUUGACAAGCACGGAGACAUAGCUGCAAACUGCAAGCUGGAAUCAGCGUCAAUGAGGUCUCGAUACCUAGAGUGCCUAUGUGCGUUGAUGCAAGAACUUGGUUCGACCCCGGUCGGGCAGUUGACAGAGCUUAAAGUUAAGGAGAUGCUUGCGGUUCUCAAGGACUUGGAGACUGUGAACAUGGACGUUGGAUGGCUACGUUCGGUUCUUGAGGAGUUUUCUCUGUAUCAAGAGAAUGUUGACUCGGAGAAAGAGAGACAAGAAGGAUCGUUGAGGUCUAAGAAACAAGAACUGGAGAAUCAGGAGGCGGAUUUGGCUCGGAGAGAGGAGGAAGUAAGGGAAGCGAGGUCGCGGGUGGAGGAGAUGAAGGCAGAGCUGGCUAAGCUCAAGGCAGAGCGGUCAAGGACGGAGGAGAUGGGUUUCAAGAUUGAGAAGUUUAAAGGGAAGACGUUUCUUGAUGAGCUUCUUUGA